GGGAUCCACUUUCCUCUCUUCGUUCUCCAAACCUGCUUGCUUCAAAGAUUGUUUGAAUCUGCUUCAAGCAACCUUGGCUCGCCUUCCGCCCUCUCAUGUUUGGUUUACGGGGUCAGCGGACUUCAGGAACAUACGAGCCCCUUCUGCAACAAGAGAAUGGCUCCGACGACAGCACCCUCUUUCAGCUGGAUUCUGAUGAAGAGCGGGACCCGGGCUCGGAGGACCUACACGAACCGGCUGCCCGGCUCGAGGACGAUGCCCGCGUCAUACCACCGUCCCUUCGCUCCAUGACUUCCAGUCGGGAAACAGGUGCCGUCCCGGUUAGACGUUCAUUCGUUGGUCACCCACGCCGAACAGAAUUCGAGCAAGACACGGAUGAGAUCGACGAGGAUGAGCUGCCGUCUAGGCCGGCGGGCCGUUCCAUGCCUCUCAUCGUGGGGCUGUUCGAUUCGACUCGCUCUCGUGGUCCGGUUGACGUGUCCGUUCCGCUGCUGGCACAGAAUGGCGAGAUGCUGCCGUCGUCGGUGGAGACCGAAGACCUGGAGGAGCUGGCUGCGAAGCGUUUGGCCGGUGGUGGACUGCUCGAUUCAAUAGCCAAUAUGGCCAACUCGAUCCUUGGUGCCGGAAUCAUUGGUCUCCCAUAUGCUGUCAGCCAAGCCGGAUUCUUCACGGGCUUGUUUCUGUUGGUCGUGCUGUGCGGAGUGACAGACUGGACUAUCCGGCUAAUCGUCGUCAAUGCGAAAAUGAGCGGCACUCACUCGUACAUCGACAUUAUGACCCACUGCUUCGGCUCCAGUGGUCGCGCAGCGGUCUCCUUCUUCCAGUUCGCUUUCGCAUUCGGCGGAAUGUGUGCGUUCGGGAUCAUCAUAGGCGACACGAUACCACACGUCAUUCGUUCGAUAUUCCCUGAACUGUACUCGGUACCCGUUUUGAAUCUCUUCGUCAAUCGCAACUUUAUCAUUUCCUUGUGCACCAUUGGCGUGUCCUAUCCCCUUUCACUCUACCGCGACAUACAUAAACUGUCCAGAGCUUCGGGGCUGGCAUUGAUCGGGAUGGUGAUCAUCGUUGCGUCGGUCAUGAUCGAAAGUCCGAACGUCACACCUGAAUUGCGAGGAGACCCUGCGAAACGGUUCUCGAUUAUCGAGCCAGGUAUCUUCCAGGCUAUCGGGGUUAUCAGCUUUGCAUUUGUCUGCCAUCACAAUUCUCUUCUCAUCUACGGGAGCUUGCAGACCCCCACCCUCGAUCGUUUCUACCUUGUCACCCACGUUUCGACGCUACUGUCUCUUGUGGCAUGCUGCACGUUGGCCAUAUCGGGCUACAUUGUCUUCACAGACAAAACCCAGGGAAAUAUCCUGAACAACUUUGCCCGAGACGACACGCUCAUCAACGUUGCACGCUUCUGCUUCGGCCUCAACAUGUUCACGACGCUGCCGCUUGAGCUGUUCGUGUGCCGAGAGGUUAUCGAGCAGUACUUUUUCUCGCACGAGAGUUUCAACAUGCAAAGGCAUAUAUUCUUCACGACGACAAUCCUGUUUUCCUCGAUGCUGCUUUCCCUGAUCACAUGCGAUCUGGGUGUCAUGCUUGAGAUCACGGGCGGAGUCUCUGCCACUGCCCUGGCGUUUAUAUUCCCUGCCAGCUGCUAUCUCAAGCUGACCGAGAGCAGAUCGCCGUGGUACAGCCGGUCGAAACUGCCCGCUGUCGUCUGUGCUGUGUUCGGUGUCGUUGUUAUGCUGAUCUCGCUCUAUCUCGCACUCGGAAAAACAUGGACUACAGAAGGUAGCGCUAAAAUCUGUAUCUAGAUAACCACUUGUAUUAAUGCGCAAUUGCUUUGCUUAACCCGGGGAUGGCGUCAAGCUGCUCAAUCCGAGCGCCUUUGGCCGUGCUUUCUUCGGCAGACAGCGGCGAGACAUCGAGUGCAGAGUAGGUGCUCCAAACAGAUUCCACUGUGCGCGCAGGGUGCUGUUCUGCAGUCUCGGGGUCACAAACAAGCAGCCACAGAGCGUCGUAGCCACCCGCUGAGAUCGGUCAGUGUCGCUUUCCUUCGAAAUGGAUUCCAGAAAACACACGGACCUCCGGGAACACCACCUGCGAUAACUCCAGGCUGCGAGAUGCACAGAUCGAGGAGUCUGGUCUGCUCGAUGGGCUCGAUCGGAACCCCCGCGAGCGUCCCCAUUUCUCUCAUCUUUUCCCGAAUGCCCUGUCAGAGAGAGAGAGUUGGGACCAGCAUCCUCACUGGCAGCCAAUAGAUGAUCCGCACCUCGGAUAUCCUGUGCACCUCCUGGAAUGUAGAGACAAUCGGCCCAUCCGAACCUACGAGAGUGCCCCACUG